AUGGCUGAAGUUUCAUCUGUCGAAGUUACAAAUCCGUUCCAUGUUGUAUUGCUGGAGAAUGAACCUUUAUUGAAUCAUAUAGAGGAUGAGUUGACUAUUCCAAGGGAAACAUUUCAAUUCAUCCAAAGAAAGUUUAUUACAAGUGAAGACCCCACACUUUUAAAACACUGUAUGAUAGUUCUUAAAAAAAUGGUAGAAAAAUAUAAUUCGGUCUUUUUCAAAGUCAAAAUUGUAAUGAAAUACAACGAAGAACUUGUGAUGACGCACUUGACAACGUUGUCUGAGUUUUGUCCGAUUUAUAGAGGUCUCAAAUUUCGAAGACUCCCUAUCCCACCACAAGACGAUAUUUUUGAAUAUGUAGUGUAUGGUUUGUUAUUUAAUAACGAUAUAAUUGUGAGGAUAUGGUGUAACGGUCUUGCUGUGUUCCAAAAAACAAUUAAUCAAAUCAACAACUUUUGCUCGUAUUAUGAAUUGAUCGAACUCCCAACACUUUUCCGUUCAAAUUUCAUAGAAAUAUGUUCUGCGAUGCAGAGGAAUUACAUAUCGUCCAUUCCAAGUAAAUUUGACACAGAAACCCCACCAUCUUUAUUUGGGUUUGAACACAACUUUAAACCAUUUUUAGCAUUGAUGACACAACUUCAGAAAAAGACAUUCCCAUGUGUAAAACUGAACCCAACAAAGGCACUCACAAUAUUCCACAAACAAUUCUAUGAUGAAAGAUUUAAAACAUUAACAACACUUGCUGCCUGGGAACUGAAAACGACCGACUUCAAAAUCAUUUUUACUGAAACAAAGAAAGGGAUCUACGAUGCGUUUGUUAAAGCUGCAUCAAGUGAUGUGAAGAAAAUAGCAGCGGAGUUGACCGAAUUUUUCAAUGGAAUUGUAUUAGUUGUUGUGAUGAAAACGAUUAACAAGAAAGAUGAAAAGGACUUACUGACGUUCUCAAGAAUGCACGAAACGCCAUUUGACGCACUGUAUUUGAUCGACUACGGAGCGAACGGAGAUCAAAUGGUCGCGGUGAUUAAUUUAGCGAAAAGCCUCAAAAUGGAAAUUGGUGAGAAUUACAAGGACGAGCUGACCAAUUUCAUCUAUGGGAUGUACGCCAAUGGGCUCGACGAGAAAGAAGAGUUUCAAUUUGAGGAACUUGACAUGUCUGAAUUGCUCAAGAAGAUACCACAAAAACAGAAUUCCAAAAUUGACAAACAACUCAAGAAAGAGGAGGAGCGGAGGAAGAAAGAAGAAGCAAAGCGGUUGAAGGAACAACAGAAGAAAAAAGGGAAAAAAGAGCCUGAAAAAGCAGAGAAACCAAUACCACCACCCGUUGUUGAAAAAGCAUCAGAAAGUGUUAAUGAAGAGCUGACGCCAAACAAAUUUGUUGAAUAUGAUGACACCUUUUAUCAAAAAAGAUAUGAAAAUGCAGAGUUUGAAAAGGACGAAUAUUAUAACAAGGAAUAUCAAUACCAAAACUACGCAGAGUACGAAUCGGGAGAACAAAACACCGAACAACAACAAAGUGGAGAAAACAAAGAAGGCGAUGCUGUGGAACAAAACGAUACUACCCAAAAUUACUUGAACUACGACGAAGAGUACUAUGAUCAAAAUGAAGAGUAUUAUGACCAACAAGGUGAAGGGUAUUACGACGAACAAACAGGGGAAUAUUACUAUGAUCAAUAUGACCAACAACAAGAAGAGGAAUAUUCCUAUGUACAACCACCACCUCUGCCAACGAAACCAAAACGAUUUAAUAAAGAAGAAAAACAAAGUGAAGUACAACAACAAGAAACUCAAGAAAGUCAAACACAAGACGUGUGCUAUGAAGAAACUGACCAACAGUAUAACGAUCAAAAUCAACAAGAAGAAUAUCAACAACAACAAUACACUGAAAAUGAUGGAAACGACGAACAACAACAGUACGUUAAUCAAGAAGGACAAGAAGAGUAUUACGACGAACAGAACGAACAAUACCAACAAACUCAAGACACACCAGAGGACCAACAGAAGUACGAAAUCACACCACAACAAUACGGAGAAGAGUAUUAUCAAGAAGAAAGUCAACAAGAUGAACAACACCUUGAUCAUGUUGGAGAAGAAAGUUCAACACAAGAACGUUUAGUUAUAGAAGAGAAACAAGAUAAAGAGAAAAACUUGAAUGAAGUCCAAACUGAUUUAAAACACGAAGAAAAUAUUGAAGGAACUUAUCAAAAGGAAGUUCCAAUUUCAGUACAACACAUUGAAAACGUCGAAGAAAGUACUGAGAAAAAAAUAACAACAGAGGCUGUAUUGAAAGAGAGCCAAAAGGCUCAAUCGAUUCCUUUAAACUCACAAAACCAAAGACGUUCACAAAAAGAUCAGUUGAAAUCACAACAAGAGGAGUUGCUUGUUAAACUCCAGAAUUUAGAAAAGUUGAAAAACUUGGAGGUGACGGAUACGGAGAUCACAAUCACAAAAGUCGCUAUUGAAGAACCCAAAGAAACGUCUGUGGAAACAUUCAUUGAGACCGCCGAAACUGAAACGAGAACAAAAUCCAUGCGAAGACCAACUCGAAAAGGUGGAAGAAAACCACCAACGAAGGAACUUCUUAUUGUCAACAAAACAAUGAAGACGGAAGAAAUAGAAACGGCUUCAUGUGAGAACAAACCACUUUCACUCGAACCAUCGCCACUUCCAACAGAUAAAAUUGAAGAAAAGCAAAACAGUGAAAGUACUGUAGCGAAGGACGAACCAACAGAAGAAGGUAAAGUAGAAGCACAAACAGAUGGUAUCAACGAAAGUGCAUCUCAAGAGGUUCAAAGCUCUCAAAAUGACCAACAACAAACAACUGUUAUAGACCAACCAGAAGAACAUGACAAACAACUUGAAAACACAGAACAACAAUAUAAAGAAGAAACACCAGAAGUGACAAUCAGUACUAAUGAAAAUGUUGAACCACAAAAAGAAGUACAACAGGAAGAUAUACCAAAAGGAGAAGAAGGUGUCCCAAAAGAAGAACAAUCGUUUGUUGAGGACUCUGAGGUCAAAGAAACAUACAAAAGAAAAUACUCAAAUCCAAACCAACAAUUCAUGGGAGAGUUCCAGAACAAAAUUCAUAACACACAAAAUUUGGCACUCAAACAUGUUGUCCACAAAGAAAAUGUCAAUGAAAACAAAGCACCAGUUCAACCAAAAGUGGCAACAUCUGCUUUUGGGGGCGUCACAUUGAAAAAGUCGUCUACAGUACAACACCAACCUCAUCUACAAGACCAACCAGAAGAAACUGAAUUACAGAAAGUACUUAAAAAGAGAAGAGGAAACAAUUGA